AUGUUGCUUCUUUUACUAUUUUGCUUCAACCAUUUUAUAAUUCAGCGUCCCUUCAAAUGUUCUUGUGGUCGGAGUUACAUACGUCGACAGCACCUUACACGACACGAGGCCAAAUGCGACGGUACUGCUGGCACCUCUGAGCGAAGCAAAGGUCUCCUUACCAAAGCCGUCAAUUCGUCUGAUUACUCCUGUCCAAAAUGCGGUGCCGGUCCUUUUUCCAAAAAAAAGACUGUUUGGGCGCAUCUCUCUAUUGUUCACGGUGAGCGUCGUUUUCGGUGUGACCAGUGCGGUGCGGCGUUCCCGACAAAGUCGAAGUUGGAACGUCACCUUAGCCGACAUCACAAUCUCAAGUGCCAAUUAUGUGCUGCUGCAAUGAAGGAAUCUGCACCACACAAAGAAACAGAGGUGGCGCCGACUUUACCGAAUCCGAACGAGCGUUUCGAGAACUUUACCAAACUGCGCAAACACAUCGCCAUUCGGCAUCCGAAGCGUACUUUCAUCUGUGAGACGUGUGGUCAGCGUUUUUUGCGCAUCGCCCACCUGAGAGAGCAUGAGUUGCGGCACACGCCUGGCUGUGAGUCGUUGUGCCAAAGACGAACUUUCGUCUGCACCUACUGCUCUCCCGGACCGACUACCUCCGCAACCCCCGCAGUCGCAUUCACGGCCAGGCGCAACCUCCUCGCCCAUAUUCGCUCCGCCCAUGCUAGUGAGAUGCGACGCUUUCCCUGCACACACAUCUCCUGUCCCGCAAUCCUCUCCUCGAAGCAAAAGCUGGCGGCUCACUUGAAGCGGCACUCCAAGACGCACCCGUCUGCCCCAAUUAGGGUGUUUCAACGCCCAUCUCUCGCCAAAACUCGCCUUCAGCCCGCGAUCCCGCAAGCAGUCCCCCCCAAGAGGCGCAAGUGUGUACCCUUAUGUGAUCUCCAGGAGGCCUGGGAGACGGAUAGCCAAAGUAGUAUUCCAUCACUCCUGUGUUGA